CCCCCCAGCCCGCCCGUUCCGGGAAGCGGCGCUGCGGGCCAUGGCGCGGGCGGUGCUGGCGCUGGGGGACAGCCUGCAGGCCGAGGCCACCUGCCCCAUCUGCCUGGAGCUGUUCUCCCAGCCGCUCAUCACCGAGUGCGGCCACAACUUCUGCGGGCCGUGCGCGGCGGAGCUGCUGGGGACCCCCCCGCGCGCCGCCCCCUGCCCGCAGUGCCGCCGGCCCGUGGCCCCGGGCUCCCUGCGCCCCAACCUGUCGCUGGGGGCCGUGGCGGAGCUGGCGGGGGCCCUGGAGGAGGAGGCGCGGCGGCCCCGCUGCCCGGAGCACGGCGAGGAGCUGCGGCUGUUCUGCGAGAGCUGCCGGUGUCCGCUGUGCCCGCUGUGCCGGGAGCGGCCCCCGCACCGCCAGCACGCGGCCCGGCCCGCCGCGGAGGCGGCCCCGGAGCUGCGGGAGACACUCCAGAGCAACCUGGUUUUUCUACAAAAACAGAAAGAAGAAUUUAAGCCUGGAGGAGAAAAGCAAAGCGAUGCCCUGCUGGGGACAGUGGCCUCGGAGCGGCAGCGGCUGCGGGACACGUUCCAGGAGCUGCAGCAGUUCCUGUGGGAGCAGGAGGCCGUUCUGCAGUCACAGCUCGACCAGGCGCACAGGGAGCUCGCCGAGGAGCGACAACAAUACAUCUCCAGCGUUUCGGAGAGAAAAUCACUGCUGGACACGCUUAUUGUGGAAAUAGAGAAGAAACGUGACCAGCCGGUGGUGGAAUUCCUCACGGAUGUUGGCAAAACCCUGAGCAGCUGCGAGGCGGCGAAGGCCCCGAUCCCAGAGCCGGUUUCCCCGGAGCUGCAGAGGACAGUUCAGAGCCUCUUGGAGACGAGCCAGCUGGUCCUGGGUGCCAUGGCCAAAUUCAAAGUGAACCUGCUGAGCGAGAUGGACAGAGAAAGGGUGAAGGUGACGCUGGACCCCGAAACGGCGAGUCCCUACCUGAUCCUCUCGAGGGACUGUAAAACCGUGCGGCUGGGAGACAGACAGCAGAACCUCCCUGACACCCCCCAGAGAUUCACGGGCAGCCCCAGUGCCCUGGGCUCCCAGGGGUUCGCGGCUGGGAGGCACUACUGGGAGCUGGAGGUGGGGGACGGGGACAGCUGGGCCGUGGGGGUGGCCGCAGAGUCCGUGCGGAGGAAGGACUCGCUCACCAUGGCCAUGGGGAAGAUCUGGGCGCUGCGGCGGGACUGGGAUCGUCAGUACACGGCGCUGCACAUGCCCCCCGCCCCGCUGGCGCUGGAGGAAGAGCCCCGGAGAAUCAGGGUCCACCUGGACUACGAAGCGGGUGAAGUGACGUUCUACAACGCGGAGAACAUGGCACAGAUCUUGCAGUUCAAGGCUUCCUUCACUGAGAAGGUCUUCCCGUACUUUUGGCUCUGGUCACAAGAAACCUCCAUCCAGGUGUGUGCCUGACGGGGUCUGAUGUGUCCUGGUGCCCCAUCCUUGGCCACCUGAGCAGGUGACAGGGGUAGGAAUGAUGCAGCAUUGAGCUGCAAACUUGCUGCAGCUCUGCCUGGGCUGUAUCCUCCCUGUGCAUCACUGCACCUCCUCCUGCCAAAUCCUUUGGAGCAUUAAAAAUGUGCUGUUGUUCUGCC